AUGUCAUUCGUCAAAAACAUGUUUUUCGGGGGUGUCAGUACAAGUGAAGAUCCUACGGGGCUUUCCAAUAAUAAUAACGAUAAUUCUAGUCCCAAUGGAAAUGAUUCAAAUCAAGGAGGAGGAAUGAAUUCUAACGAAGAACCUAUCGUUGCCGGUAAGUUUUUCCCUCGAACAUUAUAUAAAUUCAAUGGACAUGAUGAUGAGAAGAUAUUCAUUAGUAUUUUAGGGAAAGUAUAUGAUUGUACUCAAGGUAGACAAUUUUAUGGACCAAGUGGACCAUAUGCUAAUUUUGCUGGGCAUGAUGCUUCUCGAGGAUUGGCAAUGAAUUCAUUUGAAAUGGGAUGCGUGAGGGAUUGGGAUCAACCAAUGGAUGAUUUAUCUGAUCUGACACAAGAUCAACGGGAUCAAUUGAAUGAUUGGUAUGAAUUUUUCCAAAAUAAGUAUCCAUGCAUAGGGGUAUUGGUACCAGAACCAGGUGUGAAUAUAUAA